UUAAAAUUGCCUCAUAGGCCCCCCCCACCUGAAUACGUUACGUGCUGUCUCUUCUUUUUCUUACCCUCCUUCUCCCUUCUUCAUCUCUCUCUCGCCCGUGUCGUUGAUGGCUUCGUCGAGCUCCGGGAACGCCAUACCUGCCCCAGAUGCUGUACGGGUUCUGGUUUCGUCCCUGGCUGAUGAAUCUCCUAUGGUCAGGGAAGCCUCCUUGGCUUCUCUCAAGGACAUCGCUAUUCUGAACCCGCUUUUGGUUCUUGAUUGCUGCUCAACUGUUUCUAGAGGAGGACGUCGGCGUUUUGGGAAUAUGGCUGGUGUCUUUCAAGUAAUGGCUGUCGCUAUUCGUGCAUUGGACAAAAGAGAUGCAGAUCCUCCUGACAUGGCGAAGCUCGCCAAGAUCGCCAUUGCUGAGAUGAUCUCCUCCAAGGAACUUAAUGCUGAUUGGCAAAGAGCUGCAGCUGGUGUACUUGUAGCAAUAGGCUCGCAUUUGCCAGAACUGAUGAUGGAAGAAUUGUUUCCUCAUCUAUCCGGGCAAAAUUCGGCCCUUCCAGUUAUGGUUCAAGUACUUGCAGACUUUGCUUCUGCUGAUGCAUUGCAGUUUACUCCACGCCUGAAAGGUGUACUCUCCCGGGUUCUGCCUAUUCUUGGGAAUGUUAGAGAUGCCCACCGUCCAAUUUUUGCAAAUGCAUUUAAGUGUUGGUGUCAGGCUUGUUGGCAAUACGGUGUGGAUUUUCCUUUGCUUUCACUUCUUGACAGUGACGUCAUGUCAUUGUUGAAUUCUGCUUUUGAGCUUAUGUUUAGAGUUUGGGCAACGUCACGGGAUUUAAAGGUACGCAUAUCAACCGUUGAGGCAUUGGGUCAGAUGGUUGGUCUAAUAACACGAACACAACUGAAGUCGGCUUUACCGAGAUUAAUCCCUACUAUUUUGGAAUUGUAUAAAAGAGAUCUUGGUAUUGCGUUUGUGGCAACAUGUAGUCUCCAUAAUCUUCUAAAUGCCUCUUUACUGUCAGAAAGUGGUCCUCCUUUGCUGGACUUCGAGGACCUGACAGUUGUUUUGUCGACACUUCUUCCAGUGGUUUGCAUCAACAACGACAGCCAAGAUAGUUCAGAUUUCUCAGUGGGACUGAAGACUUACAAUGAACUUCAACAUUGCUUUCUGACAGUUGGCUUGGUAUACCCCGAGGAUUUGUUUGUGUUUCUUCUGAAUAAAUGCAGGUUGAAAGAGGAACCUUUGACCUUUGGUGCACUUUGUGUCUUAAAGCAUCUACUUCCCAGGUUGUCUGAAGCUUGGCAUAGUAAAAGGCCUUCACUUGUUGAAGCUGUAAGGUUGUUGCUAGACGAACAAAAUUUGGCUGUCCGUAAAGCUCUUUCAGAGUUGAUUGUUGUCAUGGCUUCGCAUUGUUACUUGGUCGGUCCAUUUGGGGAGUUGUUUGUUGAAUAUCUUGUGCGCCACUGUGCUUUAUCAGAUGAGGAUAGAAAUGAUCUGGAAAGCUCAAAGGAAGCCGUUAGGCCAGCUGGCACAUAUUAUGUUCUCCCUUACAGGAGAUAUGAGGUGAAGAUUGGGAUGGUUUGUCCAAUAGAACUACGGGAAAUUUGUGAAAAAGGUCUACUUCUAGUGACGAUUACUGUUCCUGAAAUGGAGCAUGUCCUCUGGCCAUUUCUAUUGAAGAUGAUUAUUCCACAGGUCUACACCGGGGCAGUUGCCACGGUUUGCAGAUGCAUCUCUGAGUUGUGUAGACAUAGAUCUUCUCAUAGUAGUACAAUGCUUACUGAGUGUAAAGCUCGAGCUGAUAUUCCAAAUUCUGAGGAACUCCUUGCUCGGUUGGUGGUGCUCCUGCAUGAUCCUCUUGCUCGGGAGCAGCGGGCCGCUCAGAUUUUGACUGUUUUUUGCUACCUUGCACCUCUCUUCCCAAAAAAUAUCAACUUGUUUUGGCAAGAUGAGAUUCCAAAAAUGAAAGCCUAUGUGAGUGACACUGAAGACCUAAAGCAGGAUCCUUCAUAUCAAGAAACAUGGGAUGACAUGAUAAUCCAUUUUCUUGCAGAAUCUUUGGAUGUUAUUCAAGAUACUGACUGGGUGAUUUCGUUGGGAAAUGCUUUUGCAAAACAAUAUGAACUUUAUAAGCCUGAUGAUGAGCAUAUUGCACUUCUUCACAGGUGUCUGGGCAUGCUUCUUCAGAGAGUUGAUAACAGGGCUUAUGUUUGUGACAAGAUUGAUUGGAUGUAUAAACAAGCAAAUAUUGCCUAUCCAACUAAUAGGCUCGGUUUGGCAAAAGCCAUGGGAUUGGUGGCAGCAUCCCACUUGGACACUGUUUUGGAAAAACUGAAAGACAUUCUCAACAAUGUUGGGCAGAGUAUCUUUCAAAGAUUUCUGUCUUUUUUCUCUGAUAGAGCUAAGAUGGAUGAUUCUGAUGACAUACACGCUGCUUUGGCGCUAAUGUACGGGUAUGCUGCGAGAUAUGCUCCGUCCACCGUUAUUGAAGCCAGAAUAGAUGCUCUUGUGGGAACUAAUAUGCUUUUACGGCUUCUCCAUGUCCGCCAUCCUACAGCAAAGCAAGCAGUUAUCACUGCUAUCGAUUUGUUAGGUCGUGCUGUCAUUAAUGCUGCGGAAAGUGGUAUAUCAUUUCCAUUGAAAAGAAGGGACCAGUUGCUUGAUUAUGUUUUAACUUUGAUGCGCAGUGAUGAUGAUGAGGACUUUACUGACUCUAGUGUUGAACUUUUGCGCACUCAGGCUCUUGCAUUAAGUGCCUGCACAACUUUGGUUUCUGUAGAACCCAAACUAACAAUUGAAACAAGGAAUCAUGUGAUGAAGGCGACCUUAGGAUUUUUCUCUUUGCCAAAUGAUCCAUGUGAUGUUGUCAAUCCGCUUGUAGAUAAUCUUAUCACUCUCUUAUGUGCAAUUCUUCUCACAAGUGGAGAGGAUGGGAGAAGCCGAGCAGAGCAACUUUUGCAUAUCCUGAGACAGAUUGAUCAAUAUGUUUCAUCACCUGUGGAGUGCCAGAGAAUAAGAGGAUGUCGUGCGGCACAUGAAAUGCUUCUAAAGUUUCGUACACUUUGUGCUAGUGGUUAUUGUAUGCUUGGCUGCCAUGGAAGUUGCACGCACAACAAGCAACUCGACCAUGCUUUGAAUCGCAAUUUUUCCAGCUUACCAUCUGCAUUUGUAUUGCCAAGUCGUGAUGCCUUGUUUCUAGGGGAUAGGAUCAUAGUUUAUCUUCCAAGAUGCGCGGAUACAAAUUCCGAAGUUAGAAAAGUUUCUGCUCAGAUUCUUGAUCUAUUUUUCAGCAUAUCUCUUUCAUUACCGAGGCCUAUGGCAUCUAGUUCUGGAGUGGAUAUAGAAUCAUCUUAUACUGCGUUGUCCUCCCUUGAAGAUGUUAUUGCUAUUUUGCGGCGGGAUGCUUCUAUAGAUCCAUCGGAGGUUUUCAACAGGGUUGUUUCUUCUGUCUGCAUUUUAUUGACAAGAGAUGAGCUUGUAGCUACCCUGCAUGGUUGCUCGUUAGCUAUAUGUGAUAAAGUGAAGCAGUCUGCAGAAGGUGCUAUCCAAGCAGUUGUUGAGUUUGUUAUCAAGCGGGGGAAUGAGCUGAAGGAGACUGAUAUAUCAAGGACAACCCAUUCGCUGCUAUCUGCGACAGUCCAUGUAACUGAGAAAUAUUUGCGUCAGGAAACACUUGGUGCUAUAUGUUCCCUGGCCGAGAACACGAGUUCGAAAAUCGUAUUCAAUGAAGUAUUGGCUGCAGCAGGAAGGGACAUUGUUUCAAAGGAUAUAUCUAGACUGCGAGGUGGCUGGCCAAUACAGGAUGCUUUCUACGCAUUUUCUCAGCAUACAAUACUUUCAUUCUUCUUCCUGGAACAUUUAAUAUCUGUCCUCGACCAGAUGCCUGUCCUCAAAGGUGAUUUGGAGAAAGGAGAUGGUUCUAGUCAUUCCACUGAUGGUCACAUAGACAAUGACACCCUGCAGGCUGCUAUUUUAGCCCUGACUGCCUUCUUCAGAGGUGGUGGUAAAGUAGGGAAAAAGGCCGUUGAACAGAGUUAUUCUUCUGUUUUAGCAGUGCUUGUACUCCAGCUGGGAAGCUGUCAUGGUUUAGCUAGGUCUGGUCCACAAGAACCACUACGGUACUUGGGCCUUCUUACUGCAUUUCAGGCAUUCUGUGAAUGUGUAGGAGAUCUGGAAAUGGGAAAGAUUUUGGCUAGAGAUGGAGAGCAAAUUGAAAUGGAGAAGUGGAUCGAUCUUAUUGGAGAUUUAGCAGGGUGCAUUUCUAUAAAAAGACCAAAAGAGGUUCCAGCGAUGUGCUUAAUUUUGAGCAAAUCCUUAAACCGACCCCAAAGAUUUCAAAGGGAAGCUGCAGCUGCAGCAGUGUCUGAGUUUGUCCGCUACAGUGCUGGUUUCGAAUCCUUGUUGGAACAGAUGGUGGAAGCAUUCUGUCGUCAUGUAUCUGAUGAUUCUCCUACUGUUAGACGGCUUUGUCUAAAGGGACUUGUGCAGAUACCAUCCAUUAAUAUUCUCCGGUACACUACUGAAGUUCUUGGAGUUAUAUUAGCUUUGCUUGAUGAUUCAGAUGAUUCGGUUCAAUUAACUGCUGUGACAUGCUUGCUGAUGGUUCUUGAGUCAUCACCCAAUGACGCUGUGGAACCAAUUUUACUUAACCUGUCAGUUCGCCUUCGGAAUCUCCAAAUAUGCAUGAACACGAAGAUACGAGCCAAUGCAUUUGCAGCAUUUGGUGCUCUAAGCAGUUAUGGAGUUGGUGUACAACGUGAAGCUUUUCUCGAGCAGGUACAUGCUGCCCUCCCGCGUUUGGUUUUGCAUCUUCAUGAUGAUGAUCUGAUUGUACGACAGUCUUGUCGGAAUGCCUUGAAACGAAUCGACUCCAUAUUGGAAUGGGACGGAAUGUCUGCCCUCUUGAGCACGCAUUGCUUUAGCUCGGAUCACAGAAGUGACUAUGAAGACUUUGUUAGAGAUCUCACAAGGCAGUGCAUUCAGCAUCUGGCUUCCAGGAUUGAUACAUAUAUGGCAUCAGUUGUACAGGCAUAUGAUGCUCCUUGGGCAGUUAUUCAAGCAAAUGCAAUAUACUUCUCCUGCUGCAUGCUUUGCCUCACAGAUGAUCAACAUUUCUCAGCUUCAUAUUAUACGCAGGUAUUUGGUAUGGUUGUGGUCAAAAUGAGUCAAUCUACUGAUGCAAUAGUUAGAGCAACUUGCUCCUCAGCUGUGGGCUUGCUGCUAAAAUCUACCAAUUCACUCUCAUGGAGAACGGAUAGGCUUGAUCGAGUGGAGUCUUUUAGGAGGGGUCAUGAUUCGGAAUCUAUCAAGAAGUAGCGAUUUGAGAAAGAGAAGGAUUGAAAUGUCGUUCUUUUGGGAGGAUUGGAUAAUAAAAUUAUGGUUCUGGUUGGGGUUGCAUUGAAGUCUUUCAGUAACGUAGCGAUGCAAAGGAAAGUAUCUUUAAGGAUGCAGAGGGAAAAUGGAUUUCUUGGGUUCCAAGGUAUGAGUUGACUCAGUGUUGCAUAAUGGUCCAAAAGGAUCUGUUGACUGUGUUGUUUGUAUAAAAUGUACAGAUGCCAUUCAAGGUAACUAUAGUGAAUAAGGCGUAUAGUCUUUUUUUAGCAGAAAAUAAGGCCUAUAGUCGAUUGUAUAGAUAUUUAGUUAAUUGUUUAGGCUUGCUUUGUAAAUUUAUUUCUGAAGUUAUUGUGGCCAUGGAAAAAUUAUUGUACAAAGCUCGUUGUAUUGUGUGUUGUAUACAGAAGUUUGUUAUGUCCGGGAAUCACACCUUGCUCAUGUGGUUUUCAGAUAAA